AUGUCAAAUAAAAAGGUAUCAGUAAACGUUAAUUCUUCUAUCAAUCAAUUUGGAUCACUUCAAAAUGCUGACCAAGUUUUGGCCGAAUUUGGUAAUUGUCAGCGAUAUAUUUUAUUCAUCACAACUUUAUUAUCAAUUAACUGGGCAAUAGUAGCAAUACCAGUAAUGCAUGGUACAUUUAUUAUUGAUGAUGAAUGCCUUCAAAAUAUUACUAAUUCUGAUAAGAAUACAGAUAAUAUAAGUAUCUGUAUGGAAAACUCUCGAACAAUAACUCCAAUUUCUGAGUUUAAUUUACGCGGUAAUCAACGUUACCUAAUAGAAUGGACCAGUUCAGCAUUUAUGCUAGGAAAUAUGAUCGGUGCUAGUACUCUUACAUAUUUAUCAGAUAAAAUUGGACGACGUCCAACUUUAAUUUCUAGUCUAUUAUCGCUUGGAAUUAUUGGUACAUUAAUAUCAUUAGCUGAAAAUAUUCUUGCAUUUAUUAUUGGACGUUUCAUACAAGGUUUCUUCUCGCCGGGUGUACUAUUAGUUAGUUGGGUACUAAGCUAUGAAAACGUGCCAAUUGGAUUACGUGGUUUUGUCACUUUGAUCUAUGGUGUAAUGUGGGUGGUUGGUUUCUGUGCAGUAGCACCACUUGUUUAUUUCAUUGCUAAUUGGCGAUGGUUAAUGACUGCAUAUUCGGUACCUUCUAUAGUUUUCGCCGCUAUAUAUUUUUUUACUAUUCCGGAAAGUCUUCAUUUCCUGAUAGUCAAUGGACGAAAGGAAAGAGCCGCAAAAUGGAUCCGGAAUGCGGAAAAGUAUGGAAAAGUUUUGCAUAAAAGAAAUGUUGAUAUGAUGGUGGAACUACUAGAGAAUACGUGUUUGGAUGUGAAGGAGCAUGAACAUAAAACAGAAAUGACAGAGAAUUUAAGAUCAUCACUAAUAGAACAGCUAAUGGAGCAUAAAAUCUUUUGUGUUUAUACAUUCAUCCUAAUUUUUCUGUGGACUAGUGAUACAUUUCUCUACUAUGGCUUAUCGAAUUAUAGUAUUCAUUUGCCGGGAAAUAAAUACUGGAACUAUGUAUUAUCAGGUUUAGCUGAAUUACCAGCAUAUAUUACUAUACCAUAUGCUCUUGAAAAUUUUGGACGUAAACGAAUUGUAGCAUGUAUGCAUUUUCUUGUUGGAAUAUCACAUAUAAUUCUUAUAUUUUUACCUAACAAUUUUAUUUGGUUAUCAGCUUUAUGUUGGUUAAUAUCAAAAUUUGGAAUUUCAUCAUCAUUUAUGUGUAUUUAUGUUUAUGGAAGUGAAAUAUUUCCUACAACAAUGCGCAAUGUUUGUUUAGGUUUAUGUGCUGUAAUUGCAAGAUUUGGUGGUGUUAUUGCACCGUAUGUUAUCUUAUUGGGUUCAAUGCAUGCAUUAUUACCAACUAUUCUUUUUGGACUAAUAGCAAUAAUUACCGGAAUUUUAACAUGUAUUCUACCGGAAACAAAAGAAUGCAUAUUACCAUCUUCAUUGGAUGAAACGGCACAAACAAAAUAUCAUUCAUCGAAAUCUCCAAUAUGCCAGGAACAAUCGAAUCUACCAGCAACAUCAUCAUCAAUUAAUCAAUUUGAUUGA